UUCCUUUUUCGUGCUUGCUUUCUUGGGGAUUUCCGCCCCUCCCCCCGGAUUGUUCGAUACAUUCGCGACGACUCGGGGCUGGUAUGUUGCUUCCUCGGUUUCGACCGCAGCGCUUGUCCCGCGUCAACUAAAAUGUUAGGCUUAUUCUGUUUACCGUGGGCCACGCGGCUUGAUACCAACCAACCCUUGGUAUCUCCAUGGUGGCCUCGUCGUUCGUCGAUGUGAACGAACAAAUCUGGCGUACGUUGCUUGUCCUGGCCAAUCUCAUUGAAAUUUCCAGGUGUUCAAGUCAAACACACUUUUUUUUUUUAUAUAUUCUUUUCUGAUUUAGUUGUGAAGACAUUUUUGUUUCUUGUGGCUUAUUAAUUGCUUGAUUGAUGGCUGGGCACCGUUGGGAAAUUUCGACCUGCGUAGAAUGCACGGAUGGUAAUAUAAUGUUUACUUGUCAUCGCGGGGGCCAGAUUGGAUGAUAGUGACAUGGUUGAUUAUCACUAGUCGCUGGAUAAAGCCUAUGUUGUGUCUGUGCAUGGACUUGUCGCCAAAUGAAUCAUUAUAGCUGCAUCCUGCUGUUUUCGUCGGUUGGGUUCCGGCCAACUUCCAGCAUUGGAUUUCUUGGCCCUGUGUAUGAUUUAUCGACCUCCCACGUUCUCUUGCGUGUCCACUUGUCUUUAAAAAUCGACUAUAUAUAUGUAAUGUGCCUCUACUCCAAUAACACCAAGAAAGCCCUGAAACUGAUAAACCUUGCCUCUGCUCACUAAGCCUGUUGACCACGCUUGUAGAUAAGACAUGGGUCAAGCACUUGGUUUGGUUCAAGUGGAUCAAUCCACAGUAGCCAUCAAAGAAUCUUUUGGGAAGUUUGACGAAAUACUAGAGCCUGGAUGCCACUUCUUGCCAUGGUGCAUAGGGAAGCAAAUUGCUGGGUAUCUGUCACUCCGUGUGCAGCAGCUUGAUGUCCGCUGCGAAACAAAGACAAAGGAUAAUGUCUUUGUCAAUGUUGUGGCUUCUGUGCAAUAUCGUGCCCUUGCCGAUAAGGCAUCUGAUGCAUUUUACAGGCUUAGUAACACCAGGGAGCAAAUCCAGUCAUAUGUCUUUGAUGUCAUCAGGGCAAGUGUUCCAAAGAUGAACUUGGAUGAUGCCUUUGAGCAGAAGAAUGAAAUCGCCAAAGCUGUAGAAGAUGAACUUGAAAAGGCAAUGUCGAUGUAUGGAUACGAGAUUGUGCAGACUCUGAUUGUUGAUAUUGAGCCCGAUGAGCAUGUGAAGAGAGCCAUGAAUGAGAUCAAUGCAGCUGCUAGGCUGAGGUUGGCUGCCACCGAGAAAGCUGAGGCAGAGAAGAUACUGCAGAUCAAGAGAGCUGAAGGUGAUGCAGAAUCCAAGUACUUGGCCGGUCUAGGUAUCGCAAGACAGCGCCAGGCUAUAGUGGAUGGGCUGAGAGACAGUGUUCUUGCUUUCUCUGAGAAUGUUCCUGGGACCUCUGCAAAGGAUGUCAUGGACAUGGUUCUGGUGACCCAGUACUUCGACACCAUGAAGGAGAUCGGGGCCUCAUCCAAGUCCUCGUCGGUCUUCAUCCCUCAUGGACCAGGUGCUGUCAGAGACAUCGCAGCGCAGAUAAGGGAUGGUCAGCUCCAGGCCAGUCUGCUGUGAGCACGUUGAUGCAUACUUUUGACAUUCCCAUCAGUAAAGAAGUACAUAUACCUCAUGAGACAAGUAAAACUUAUUAGGGAUAAUGUGAGUACUUUCAUAUCAGUAGUGCUUGUUCGUUCUAUCUAUCUGGUACGUGUGAUUAUUUAUUAUCGAGAUAAAUGUUAUAUAGGUUUGUAGAACAAGAUGAGGGCCAGUUGCUGUAAAAAUUUGUCAUGCCGUGGUACUGUUUGGAACUUAUCUAAGCUAUUAUGGAGCCUGAGGACACUCCUCCAUCAAACUAUUUUGUGAUAACCUGCUUCUCUGUUAUCGUGAAUGAGAAUCUCAUCUCCAUUUUCUGUGCCCA